GAGACAGGCAAGGCUGGGAGGGGCAAGGGAGAUGCUUUGUGUCAGCUCCGCUCCCUCCCACUUCCCCCGUCUCUUCUCUUUGCCCCCAGCUGGGAACCAGGCAUCUCUGCUGUCCCGGCAGGUCCCGGCGGGUCCCGCAGCAGCGAAGGGCGAUGGGGCGAAUCCCCCACAGACCAGGCGGCCCUUGGACAGGGAUUCUCCUGGCAGCCUCCAUCCUGGGCUCCUGCCUCCAGCCGGUGCAGGCCCAGACCCCGGUGACCAUCGUCCUCACCCCACCAAGCCCCGCGGUGGGAGGGGGCGUCCGCCUGGCCCCGCAGAAUCCGCCACAGGACUUCGUGCUCUGCAGCUGGUUCCGAUCAGCGACCUCCACGGAUGGAAACAGCCAGAUCCUCACCUACUACCCACAAACACCCCCCCGUCCAGACCAAGGACUGGGCCCACACGGGGCGGGAGACAGCGGGGCCGGGCUGCGCCCUGCACAUCGCAGGGUUAACGCUCAAGGACACCGGGAGCUACACGGUGCUGAUUCAGAGCCCGACUAGCCCUGUCCUCGCCACGGUGCAUCUGCCCGUCUCUGACACCCCUCGUCCAGGUCUCUCUGCCAGGGCCGUUGCUGGGAUCGUCAUUGGGUCACUGGCGGGGGCAGCGCUGGUCGGAGUUGGGGCCUAUUUCCUCUACUCUCGCUGCCGGAACGAGACCCCCAAGGAGAACGGGGCACCCGUCCUGGUGUACGAAAACCUGCCCCUGACAGCCAGGCCAGGGCCAGUGACGCUGCAGCCCCAACAGCAGGACGUGUACAAGGAGCUGAAGAAGUGAUGCCCCCUCCUGCCCCCUGGUGCAUGCUGGGAGGGGCCCGGUGCAUGCUGGGAAAGGCGCGUCCCCGAGCCUGGGUCCCGCCGCCCGGGGACGUCCCGCCAAUGAAGCGUUAAAGGGCAGGAACAGCCACCGCCCGGCCCGGGGGGUCCGUCCGUCCAGGCUGCUUCCCUGGCGCCCAUCACCGCAGCGUCUGGGCCCCUCCAAAGAAAUCAGAAACUCGGUGCCUGUGAGUGGCUCUGGUGCCAUUGUGCCCAGCACAGUAUUUGGGAGCCCACCUCUGCCACCGGCUUGGUGACGUCUCAGGACCAAACACCCCCCAGCCUGGGGCAUGUGCCCUGUUUUCUGCCCGCCUGACCUGAGCCUGGCGUGCUGAGCUAUGUCCCACCCCAGGCCGCGGGAGCUCCCCACUGCACAGAGAGGCCCGGGCAGCUCAGUGACCAGCCUGGGUCCCACGGGGAGUCUGUGGGGCUGCAGGGACUCAGACCCGGGUCUCCCCAGUGCCCCACUGGUGCCCAAACCAGGGCCAGGGGUCCCCGCCCAGGGCUUCCCCCCCACCCUGCCUCCAGUGCCCGGCCCUGUGUCUUCUCCUCCCUGGGGCAGUUCUCCCGUGCAGAGCUGUGAACAGCGAUGCUGACCCGCCUGGCUGGGACCCGGGACCCCUGGCGGAGGGCACAGGGCGCCGAAGGGCUCAUGGGACCCCCAGCUCUGACGUCUACAGACCAGCCCCCAAAGGGGCUUUUGGGGUCCCUGCCCAGAGCUGGCAUCGCUGGGCACGGUGACCAUGGCGAGCCGAGUGCCUGGGGUCACAUCUGGGGCUGUGUGUCUGGCCUGGAUCUCAGGGGCUGGUUCCAGCCGGGCAGUGGGAGGCGCCAGGCCCGUCCCUGGCAGACAGGAGGCACCAGGCUGUUCUCUCUGUGCCCGGCUCCGGGGGAGCUGGGUGGUGCCGAGCUUGCUAGGCGGCUGGUUCCACCCGGAGCCAGGCCCCAGCAGCGUCUGCCCCAGCCCCAGGGAAGCAGCCGGCAGGGAAAAGGGCCCAGUGCAGGGGGCAGGUGUUUCUGAGGACAGACGCUGGCUUGGUGGGAGUUAUUGCGGGGUGCGGGUUGCACCCAGGGUCCUGCCCCGAGGGGAGGAGCUGCCAGCGGGUUUGUCUCCUGCAGAGAGCAUUGGAGCCUGGGCGGCUGGGAGCCGGAUGCUGGGGGGAGCUGAACCCGCAGGAGCUGCCAGGGGCGGGUUCGGGACAUUGGGACGCUGGGAAAUGCGUCCCCAGUUUGUUCUCCAUGUUACCCAUUGUCCCAUUAACUCCAUGAGAACAUAAGAGCAGCCAGAGUGGGUCAGACCCAAGGUCCAUCCAGCCCAGUGUCCUGUCUGCCAACAGUGGCCAGUGCCGGGUGCCCCAGAGGGAAUGAACAGAACAGGGAAUCGCCCAGUGAUCAUCCCCUGUCGCCCAUUUCCAGCUCCUGGCAAACAGAGGCUAGGGACACCAUCCCUGCCCAUCUUAGCGAAUAGCUAUUGAUGGACCAAUCCUCCAGGAACUUAUCGAGUUCUUUUUUGAACCCUGUUAUAGUCUUGGCCUUCACAACAUCCUCUGGCAGGGAGUUCCACAGGUUGACGGUGCGUUGUGAGAAGAAAGACUUCCUUGUGUUUGUUCUAAACCUGCUGCCCGUUACUGUCAUUUCUCGAUCCCUAGUUACGAGGAGUAAAUAACAGGAGCCUCCAGCGGCUCCUUCUCCAGCUCUAGGCUCCGGUCAAUAAACUCAGCCUGGUUGUUUCUGUAAGGCCUGGCCAUGCUGGGGCCGAGUGGGGCGCUGGCUGUGGAGUCACAGUCACAUACUGGUAUGCAUCCGAUGAAGUGAUCUGUAGCUCACGAAAGCUUAUGCUCAAAUAAACUGGUUAGUCUCUAAGGUGCCACAAGUACUCCAUUUCCCUUCCCACUCUCUCUUGCCUAUUUAGACUGUAGGCUCUUUGGGGCUCCUGUCUUACUAGAAGCUUGUACAGCACCUAGCACAAUGGGACGUUGAUCUCAAUUAGAGCCUCUAUGUGCUACUGCAAUACAAAUAAAGUAGGUUUCAGAGUAGCAGCCGUGUUAGUCUGUAUCCGCAUCCGAUGAAGUGAGCUGUAGCUCACGAAAGCUUAUGCUCAAAUAAAUUGGUUAGUCUCUAAGGUG